CGUUUGUACAAGCAAGGCCAUAUAUGCUCUCCCUCCUCUCCACGCGCGUUGUCGCCUCCACGGCGCUGCUCCUCACGCCCAGCAUGUCGACGGCGCGGACCGCUGUCCGCCGCUCCUCUGGCGUCCGCGCAUCGCUCGAGACGGACACGGACAAGGCCUUUUACUCGAUCGGCUUCAACGUUGGACGGCAGCUCAGCGACUUUGCCGCUUGCGAGCCGGCCGAGAUUGACUCGGUGCUCGCCGGCAUCCGCGAGUGCCUUCUCGGCGACGAGCCGCAGGUGCCGCUGUCCGAGUACGUGCCAAAGGCGAUGACGCUCCUUGGCGAGAAGCAGGCAAAAGUCGCCGAGGCUAUGGCGGCCAAGGGCGCCGAGACGCUCGCCGCCGCCGCAAAGGAGGAGGGCGCGGUGCAGACUGCGUCCGGACUGGUGGUGCAGACGCUGAGCGAGGGUAAGGGGGACGCGCCGACGCGCGAGAGCACCGUCAAGGUGCACUACGAGGGCCAGCUCGUCGACGGCUCCAUCUUUGACUCCAGCUACCGGCGCGGCGAGCCCAUCGAGUUUCCGCUCAGUGGCGUCAUCGCGGGGUGGACAGAGGGACUCCAGCUGAUGAAGCCGGGCGGCAAGGCCAAGCUGACCAUCCCGUCCGACAUAGCGUACGGCGAGCGCGGCUCCCCGCCCGCCAUCCCGCCGAAGGCCACCCUCAUCUUCCAGGUGGAGCUGCUCGAGGUUGUCUCAUGAUUACAGGGACCAGGGAGGGGGAGAAGGGGGGGGGGGGGGGG